ACAAGACUGCACCCGAGCUGGUGCUCUUUGUUCCUCCACCUUGUCUCUCACUGGAGUUCUCUGACCUGUCCACACACAAUUUCAGUAGCUUCCUUGGCCCUGGAUGGCUGGCGAAGAGGGAUGUUUAGUCUGAUGGCCAAUUGCUGUAACUGGUUAAAACGGUGGCGGGAGCCUGUCAGGAAGGUGACACUAGUGAUGGUGGGACUUGAUAAUGCUGGUAAAACUGCUACAGUGAAAGGAAUCCAAGGAGAGUCUCCUGAAGAUGUAGCUCCAACAGUUGGAUUUUCUAAAAUUGACCUUAAACAGGGAAGGUUUGAAGUCACUAUCUUUGACUUAGGAGGUGGAAAACGAAUACGAGGCAUCUGGAAGAAUUACUAUGCUGAGGCAUAUGGGAUAAUAUUUGUUGUGGAUUCCAGUGACACAGAGAGAAUGGAAGAGACGAAAGAGACCAUGACUGAAGUUCUAAGGCAUCCUAGGAUAUCUGGGAAGCCUAUAUUAGUGCUGGCAAAUAAGCAGGACCGAGAAGGAGCAUUGGCAGAAGCAGAUGUAAUUGAGUGCUUAUCGCUGGAAAAGCUUGUCAAUGAGCAUAAAUGUCUGUGUCAGAUUGAGCCUUGCUCAGCUGUCAUGGGCUAUGGGAAAAAAAUUGACAAAUCUAUAAGAAAAGGUCUGUAUUGGCUGCUACAUACUAUAGCAAAAGAUUUCGAUGCCUUAAACGAGCGCGUCCAAAAAGACACAUCAGAGCAAAAAGCAUAUGAGGAACAAGAGAAACGAGAACGAGCUGAACGAGUAAGGAAGAUACGAGAAGAAAGAGAACAAAGGGAAAGAAAAGAAACUGAAUUUGAAGGAAGAGGUGUACCUAAGGAGGUUGACUCUGAGCCAAUUUCUAGCAACCCCUUCCAGCCAAUCUCUACUGUAAUCACUGAGAAUGAAAAAAGAAUUGAACAAGAGAAGAGGCAGAGGAUGGAGAUUGAAAAGGAUGCCAUUGCCUUGAAACCUAGAGGAGAGCAGGAACAAAUGGACACACAGAGCCUGACCAGCAGCUGUAGCCAAAAAACAAAUGAUUAUAGACUUAUAGAAACAUACAAAUCUGCACUUGCACAGCAAUUGGAGCAUGAAGAAGAGGGUGACCAACAAACCUCAGAAUGCCUUGAUUCAGAUACCAGUAAAAAGAAAAUAAAGAAACUGAAGUUAAAAAGGAGUCACAGGGUGGAACCAAUCAGUGCAGAGGAAGCUGUUCCCAAAAAUCCGACCCCACCUCCACCUCUUCCACCAGUUGGCUGGGGAACCCCCAACGUUAAUAGACUUCGAAAACUUGAACCUCUUGGUGAAACCCGUCAUUCUGAUUUCUAUGGAAAGCCGCUACCUCCAUUGACUAUACGGCAGAGACCUAACAGUGACACCCAUGAUGUCAUUUCUUAACCAGAUCACAUGCUACAUUUUUAACUUAAUCACAACAUUAUAUUAAACAAUUUUCUUACUUGAAGAAAACUUGAUACUGUUUAAAAAGUUGCUGUGAGAUGAGACAGUAAGAACCCAUUUUCUUUUCUGCCAUGGAUUACUUCUACCGGACUUGAUUGAUGAGAUUUUCUACUUGGCUUAUUAGUUACUGUUCACAUUCUCACCAGCUCUUCUUCAGGGGUUAACAGGGAGAUGGAGAACAGAAAUGUUUGAGAGCACUUGCAUGCACAUGGAAUUUGGGAUCAGGUUAGUACUGUUGGGUUUCGUAUUGGGGUUUACUUGCCAGACUAUAUAGCUAUAACCCUGAAGAAAAACACCUUCAAGACCAAAUGCGAUUGGAUUGGGUGUGCACAUCAAGACUGUCGUUCAUAUGUUGUCGUAAUCCAUAUUUCUACAGCUAAUAAUUUUAAGGUAUUUUGUAAGAUGUGUGCAUGUUAGAGUGAAUAUAGAGAAUUAUACACUACAAAUGUUAACUAUAUUUUUAUAAUUUUUUCUAAUAUUUUAUUUGGGAAUUUGAUUUAACAUUAAUGCCUGUUACUCACCAUCAAAAUGUCUAGAAAGUGUUAGAAAUUUGUUGAUAGCUUUACCCAUAUGAGUAUAUUGGCUUUUAUGUUUACUUUACAAUAGCAAUACAUUUUGGUUGGGAUUUACAUCACCAGUUGCCCAAUUAUUCAUAUAUUGCCCUUCUGGCAGUCUCGGGUUUUUAAGAUAAACGGAUUUUGCACAUAAUUAUGGUACUUGAAUGGACUGUCUAAGUUUUCUUCUUAUGGAUCAUUUUCUUUUGUUUUGUUAAAUGGGAGUUGAUAUGCAUAGUAAAUAUAUUUUCAAGUAUCUUAAUUGGAUAGUGUAUUAUAAGAUAAAAUUGCACACAAUUGAAAUGUUGAACUCUUUUCAACUAAGAAUUCUGGUGAAAAAUUAAAUCAGCAUACAUGUCUGUUUAAUGUGUUCUAUAAACACUAAAAAUGUCAUAUUGAAAAUGUAAAACCUGAGCUUUUUAAGUCAAUGUAAUGAGCCCAAUUCUAACCUUCCAAAUAAUGUGCCCCUCUCAUAUUUAUUUUUUAAAAAGGGAGUGGUGUGUUGGAGGAGAGAAUUGGAUUUACAGUACUUCAGAUGUUUUGAUAUAAGUUUGUAUUCUGUUACAUUUGGGAGAAUAAUUUCUAUACCAUGUGUGUACGUAUAAUUUUACUGCUUAGUUGCUGGUGACUGGAAGAACUUCCCUACAAUGUUAUAGUGAGGUUGAAAGCAUUUGUGAAAAAAGCACAGGUCCUAAAUCAAAGGUUUUUGGAAUAGGCAGGCAAUGGUGACUUUCUAUUACACUACCAGCUUCCCGGCAUCUCAUACUAGCAAAAGACACUAGGCAGUGCUAAUGCAGUGAAAUAUGUUCAUCAGCUACCUUAAAAUUUGAAAGCAUUGCAUGAGGUUUUAGCCACAUGACUCUUGUUAAAGUCCAUGGGAGUGACACAGCUAAAACCCCACAUAAUUCUUUUGAAAUAUAACCCUUACUUAAUGGUUUAAAACAUUAGUUUGUUUUAACUAAAGCAAAACAGUCACUAACAUUAAGGAUGUUGUAUUGCAUUGGGAAGAGAGAGUACUCCAAUUCAGUGAGUAACGUUGUAUGUAUAAAACCAUUUGAAUGUGACUGGAAAUAACAGGAGAAUACUUCCCUGGUAGUGGUAACAGGCUAUGAUAUGGUAACAGGGUUCUGUUUGAAUAAAUAAUGAUACUAUUGUGAUGUAGUUUGGCUUGCUUUCAAUAAAUGUGUCUUAAUAUUUAGCAUUCUUUGCUUAAAAGUUUACACGCAUGAUCCCAUUAAUCUUACCAUUUUUAGCUACCUUGUCAUACAUGUUCCUUUGGCUCGAAGGGUCUAUGUAUUGUAGUUUGACACUUUUUUCAGUUUCAUCUUGACCUUUGAGGUUUUUUCUUUUUUACCCAUAUGCAAAACAAAUUAAAUUAAUGAAAGUCUUUGUUUCUCUUUUUAAAGUGCAACUAAAAAGAAAGCUGGCAUGGAAACUAAAUGAGGAACUGAAACUUAAAACAAUGAUAUUUCUCACAUUCAAAAUGUGUUUCUACUGUUAAAAUAAAUGUAUAUUGUUAUGAGACCAAAUUACUAGAAAUAUUUUUCAUACAGUUUUAUAUAUGAAAGCCUACUGUAAUUGACUGCAUUGUUUUUCUCAUUAUUUUAUACUACAUGAGCUUUUUAUUUGUUGAAGGUCACAUUUCCUGAGGACUUCUGUGUAUAGAAUAAAACUAAUG